AUGGGCAUUAUUCGCAUGCCUCGUCCGGCGGGCAUUUACGUUCCAAACUCGCCAUCUCACCAUUUCAACAAUGAUAUGAUUCCUACCCCCCUCUCUCCCGAUUUUGACUUUGAUUCCGAGGCUGCUAUUCCUUCCAUUUUGCCAGCUCUCGAGUAUAUAUCGACCAAAUUGCAACAAAGAAUGAUGCAUGUUACUCUUCUAGUCGGUCGUGGACAGCCAUUCCCAACCGGACAGGUGUCUGACAUGAUGGUGAUCCCAAUAACGCCUCUGGAUGCAGUUGCACGUGGCGUACUCGAGCGAGCCAUGGCGAAGAGUGCGAAUAAAUUCUCCCUAAGCCAAAGCUGGACUGAUGCACUGAAUCGCAGUAAUUAUGAAUGUACUGCGAAUGAAUUCCUUGUGCAGCAAUCCAUUAAGCAAAAUGAAGUGAUUUUCAGCCAGGAGGGCCUGACUCUGCUUAAUAUGGAUCGCAUCUUCAUCUUUAAACGCCGCCUCUGUGUCUUAUCCAGUCGGCCAUUUUUCUUCAAUGACCACUCUAUUACACCCUGCGUUAAGUUGCUGCAUCGCAUUAUCAAUGAUCAGCAAGGGAGACCUUUCACCAAGGCUUUCUUUCAUCGCAUCUAUGAUCAUUUAGAUGUCAAGGAUGAUCUACUUCGAGAGGUUGCAAGAACCUAUAAGAGCACACAUGGUCAAGACGCCAUAAUUCUGCCAUCAGAGGCCAUGGCCCCGCCUGCUCAGAGGCCAUCGGGUCGUAUUACACGUCCGCAGGCCCCAGCAUCCACCAAGCCGAGCUCGAAGUCCGAGUCCAGGAAGGUGAGGGGUAUGAAAUCAAUUUCCCGGUCAAAACGCGGCCCAAAGACUCCAUUAUCAGCAUCAGAUGUGACCCCCAUUACGAGGAACGAGUGGAAUAUACUCAUGGGCCAGGAUAUUGGAAAGCCGCAGCCAAUGGUCACCGAGUUGACACCGACUUCUUCCGUCUAUGUUCUUAUAUGA